AAAAAUAUCUACAGGUAUAAUCUUCAGAAAUUAGGUUUCUGCUGACUUUUGCUUUAUAAACAUGGGAGAAAUGCCUUAAAGAAAAGAAAAACGACACCGUGCUCUUCCACAUAGUUGGUGAACCGCGCAGCCUUACUGACUCGUUGCAUUAUUGUUGUCUGGCGCAGGGGGGCGCAGUUCUCAGCCAGGUGCGUCUUCUUCCCUCCCGCACUUUCCCAUCCCAGCGCUGCUGGUUUUGGCUGCUCCAUCGCCUCCUCGCCGCCGUACAGCCCACUUCUUCUUCGCAGGGGGAGUUGACUUGAUGCGCAUAAUAAAUCAUCUCUGCAAGAUUCCUUUUCAAGCCCAAUUUCAGACCUACGCGUGUUGGAUUUGAGAGCGUAAACACAGGCGAGAGUCGAGCCUCUUAAUUGGGGAUGUUUCAAAUGUGAUUCAGCGCAGCAAACAACGUGGGUGUUGUGUGUGUGUGCGCGCGCGUGUGUGUGUGUGUGUUUUGGUGGGGAGUGGAGGAGAAGGGGGAGAGCAGCGAUAUGAAACGCGUGUGUUUAUGCCUCCUGCGUUACCCGUUGUCUCUGACUGACCACCGGCUCGAUUUUUCACCUGUAUGAACGACCUUGCGAUUGUGACCGAAAUAUUCCUAACAAGGUUUCCAUGGAGGAUCAAUCUGUCGCUUUUUUUGUGAGGGCUAAAUUUGGUUCCUGCUGCUCUCAAGAUAUUUCAAGAUAAGAGGUCAAGCUCCCCUCUCUCGGAGAACACGAGUGCCAUUUCAAAGCUUAUUGGAUGAAAGGCUCAUUUGCCCUUGGCUGCCAAAGAUGACGUUGCCAUGGAAACAGCUUCUACUGUUAUCAAUCAUUGACUGUCUGGCAGAUUGUCUGGACAGUGGAUCAUACCAUGGUCCAAGAUGGAGGAUGGAGCCAGGCGACUUGUUCAUUCCUGUCGACUCCAUAGAAGAAGAAGCUACUCUGACCUGUGAUGCUAAGGGAACACCACCUCCUCAGUACAGAUGGUCAUUGAAUGGGACUCUCAUAAAUCUGGGCCUGGAUCGCCGGCGGCGUCUGUCUGGGGGCAACCUCAUUAUAAGCAGUCUGGACCGCUACCAGGAUGUAGGGAUGUACCAGUGUAUGGCGUACAACACUGUAGGAGCUAUCCUCAGCAGGAGAGCAAGUCUGCAGUUUGCCUACUUAGAUCAUUUCAAAGUCCACACCAGAAGUGCAGUGUCAGUCCGAGAGGGACAAGGAGUGGUGUUACUUUGUGGAACGCCCACUUCCUCAGGAGACCUUACAUAUGCAUGGGUCUUCAAUGAGUACCCAUACUUUGUUCAACAAGACAAUCGGCGUUUCGUCUCCCAGCAGACAGGAAACCUUUACAUUGCCAAGGUGGAGCCCUCUGAUGUGGGUAACUACACUUGUGUAGUGAUGAACAGCAUCACAAAGGGCAAAGUUCAUAGCUCACCUACGUCUCUGGUCCUCAGGACAGAUGGAGUGAUGGGUGAAUACGAGCCGAAAAUAGAAGUUAAUUUCCCAGACAAUGUACCCGCCUCAAAAGGAUCAACAGUUACGCUGGAGUGUUUCGCCCUUGGGAACCCUGUCCCAGAGAUCACCUGGAAGAGGGCUAACGGCGUUCCCUUCCCCAGCAAAGUCAAAAUGAAGUACUCGAAUGCCGUGCUGGAGAUCCCCAGCUUCCAGCAGGAUGAUACAGGAGGAUACGAGUGUGUGGCUGAGAACAAGAUGGGCAAGAACACAGCCACUGGUCGACUGGCCUUCUAUGCCAAGCCUCAGUGGAUCCAGGCCGUGAAGGACACGGCCCUGGCCAUAGAGGAGAGACUAUACUGGGAGUGUCGGGCCAAUGGGAAGCCCAAACCCUCCUACACGUGGCUAAAGAACGGCCAACAGCUACUCUCAGAGGACAGAAUCCAUGUGGAGGACGGAGUCCUGUCAGUGUCAGUGCUGACACUAUCGGACGCUGGCAUGUACCAGUGUGUGGCUGAGAAUAAACACGGCGUCAUAUAUUUUGCUGCUGAACUAAUGGUUUUAGCCUCUCCUCCAGACUUCACAGGGAACGUCCUCAGAGCUUUGCUCAAAGCCAAGGCAGGAACUACAGUGACUUUAGAGUGUAAACCCCAGGCCUAUCCCAUCGCCAGCAUUUUGUGGAAGAAAGGAAACCUGCCUAUCCACACCAAUGACAGGAUCACACUUUCCCCAGAUGGAACACUGAGGCUUGCCAAUGUGAGCAAGUCUGAUGCAGGCAGCUAUACGUGCUUCGCUAGGAAUAGAUUUGGCAUGUCGAGUACAACUGGAAGGCUCCUUGUUACCGAUCCAACCAGAAUCACCCAGGGGCCAGUGGACAUGGAGAUCAUUGUGGGCGAGAGCAUCGUGUUACCCUGUCAGGUCGCCAGUGACCCCGUCCUUGACGUUUCUUUCUCCUGGGCCUUCAACGGACAGCUCAUUGCCAAGGGAGAUGGUCACUUUGAGCUAGUGGGCGGGAGAACAGCAGGAGAUCUGAUGAUUAGGAACAUUCAGCUUUACCAUGCCGGCAAAUAUAUCUGUGUGGUGGACACAGAUGUGGAGAGCCUGUCAGCCGUGGCUGUAUUGAUUGUGAAAGGCCCCCCCAGCCCUCCAGACUCUGUGACGGUGGAGGAGGUGACAGACAGUACAGCCCAGCUGGCCUGGAGACCCGGCAGAGACAACGGCAGCCCCAUCACCAAUUACCUCAUCCAGACCAGGACUCCUUUCACUGUGGGCUGGCAGAGGGUUAACACAGUCCCAGAGAUAAUCGAUGGGAACACACUGACAGCCACUGUAGUGGACCUCAAUGCCUGGGUGGAGUAUGAGUUUCGGGUUUUGGCCAAAAACAGUGUUGGGGUUGGCGAACCCAGCCCUGUGUCAGUCAAGACCAGGACAGAGGACGCAGUUCCUGAUGCAGCGCCAGGUGACGUGGGUGGAGGAGGUGGAAGCCGAUCUGAACUGGUCAUCACAUGGGAGCCUGUCCCUGAAGAACUACAGAAUGGUGAGAGCUUUGGUUACAUCAUUGCUUUCCGCGCCUUCGGAGAAGUUAGCUGGACUCACGUGGCCACCUCUGCCCCCGGUGCAUCGCGCUAUGUGUACCGCAACGACAGCAUCGCUCCCUUCUCUCCAUUUCAUGUCAAGGUCGGCACUUACAACAGCAAAGGACAGGGUCCCUUCAGCCCCGUGGUCACCAUCUACUCUGCAGAGACAGAGCCAAGUGGGAUGCCAGCGGGAGUUUGGGCCAGAAGUGUCUCAGCCUCUGAGAUUGAGGUGAAUUGGCAGGCUCUCUCCUUCACCCCUGAAAGGGUUCUGGGCUAUGAGGUGGUAUACUGGGAAGAUGACACUAAACCAGAGACCAUGGGGAAGGUUAGGGUGCCUUGGAACCAAACCUCGGUCACAGUGAGCGGCUUGGCAGGAAACACGCAGUAUUUCCUAACAGUCAGCGCCUUCAACACAGCGGGCACCGGCCCCUUCCUCCCUGCAAUCAAUGUCACCACGAAAAAGCCACCACCAGCCCAACCACCGCUGAAUGUUGAAUGGACCCUAAUUGGCUCUCAACUGUCUCUUUACUGGGAACCUGUGGUGGCAAUGGAAUCAGAGUCAGAAGUUACAGGCUACCAACUGUCAUACUGGAGACAGAGACACAAAGAGGUAAACACACUCACAACAGCCAAUUCAACAGCAGAGCUGACCCUCUCCGAGGACGACGACGACGACUACAUCAUCCACAUUCAGACGCUGAGUGAAGGAGGACUGGGCCCGGCCUCAGAUCCCAUACGAAUCCACCAACUAAGUAUGAGUGCCCGCGGCUCGAGAGCCUGGAGUGUGGACACCUCCCCCCUCUCCCUGCUCCUUGCCAUCGCAAUAUCAACAUUCAGGUCAACGUCGUGACACAAUGACUCCGCUCUGUUUUUCAACCUUCUUAUUGGUAUUUUUCUUUAAUUCGUGAAAGUUGCUGAGUUCUUUUUUUUCUCUCACUUUUGGAGGUAACAACACACUAUUUUGCAGUGUUAGUUUGCGGGUAUGAGGCAGCACUAGAGUGGAGCGUGCUGUCAGACACUUAAUUAACAGUAAAUGCUUGUGCUUUUUUUACGUAGGCCUGUUUUGACAUUUUUGCCGGUUGGGAACAAUGCUCCAUUUCAACUCUUUUUCCGAAUGAUACAGAUGCCUUACUUCCAUUCAUGUGCCAAAGUAGUUUCAGCCUUCUUGUUGUUAAUGCUAAAAUAGCUACAUGCUCAACAUUUUAUUCCUCACAGUUUCUUAUUCUUGAAGGUCUCAGUGAACCCUGCGGAGGGCCGUGAUGACAAGUUGUAUUUUUGAAUAUUUUCCGUUUUCCUCUAAACAUCUGAAUUGGUGAGUCGGAACAUUCAUUCACCCGUUCCCGUGCCUUUGGAGAUUCUUGUAACGCCAUCACUUAUAGACACUAGACAGUGAUACUCAGUGUUUCAGAACAUACUGCAACCACCUUCAUCUUUACAUGCUCCAUUAAAAGUUUUUUGUGUCCCAGAUAAAACUCAUAAAACAGCUCACAGUGCCAGUGUUAGCCAUUUACCUUUCAUCAUUUGAUUGUGAAGAGCCAAAUGUACCAUGAGGGCUCCUACAGGUUUUAAUGCCUCAGACCAGUUAUUGUGAUAGCUCGCUGAUUGAUGGAUUGGACUUCACUCUGCAUUGACUGAGAUUUCAUCUGCCUGCAUACAGCAGUAGUGGGAGAGGUAUACAACUGCCAGUGUAUUUCCUUUAACACUAAUGCUGAUCGACAGAAAAUAAUCAUCAACAAUCACUAAGUCAUUUAUCAGGGAAAAUGCCAAACAUACCCAACAAGGUGUACGUUCGAUUGCAGUUUAUUUGCAAUGUGCAAUAAUAGUUUGAAGUUAAUAAUAGUUUUUAGAAUUACUGGGACUUUUUUUUUUUUUACUUUGACAGAAGCUACAAGUUUUCCCUGCUUCCAGUCUUUGUGCAAAGCUAGGAUAAAAACAUCAUGGACCUAGCUCUGUAUUGAACGCACAGACAUUAAAAUGACCAGUCUUUUCAGGAAGACAGCAAGUAAGUCAUUUUCCUUCUUGAAAACCUAUGGUUUGAGUGUGUAAAACUGAACGCUGGUAAGCUUGAAAGGUGGCUCUUAAACGUUUGCAGCUCACUUCUUUGCAGCAGAUGGCGGUUAGAUGUAGACAGCAGUUAGAACAGCUAACGUUACAACACUCUAACAACAGCCCAGCCAUGGCAAAAAACAUGAUAAAUAUGGUUACAAAAACGCGUACGAUGAAGUUCACUAAUUAACACAUUUUAUCUUCUUUGCUGAAUCUAUAAGGGGCCAGUAUACUUCAUCAGUCUGAUGGUCGAACAGCUUCGGAGUCAGGGGGGGCUGCUUCCAACAAUUUCUGUAAACACACCCACGUCAUGCCAUGAUUGGCCAGACGUGUGAGGUGAGAAAGUUCGCAGGGUUUGAACUUCUGUCAUUUUUACACAUCUGUGUGUUUACAACUGAGUCAAACGCUAUAAAUGCACAGACAUGAGAGUGGUAUUGAUUUUCUCAUCUAACUCUCGGCAAGAAAGCGAAUAGGAAUAUUUCCCAAAAUGUUAUUUUUCUGUAUUUUCUGACAUUUUAUAGACUGAUUGUUUCAUUGGAAAUAAUCAUUAGUUGCAGCCAUAGUCCACAUCCAUCUGGGCCAUUGCAGUCGAGACGAGAGGUUUAAAGUGCUGCCAAUUGUGCCAGUCUGAUAAUUGAAAUCUAGCCACCAGCUUAGAAAUUAUUUGGCAAAAUGUGUGGUCAGCUGUGUUUUAAUACUUUGUGAAUCUGUCCUUUCUUGUCAGUUGUAUUGGCUUUUUUAUGUGGUAUGUGAUGUCAUUGUUUAUUUAUGUAUUUCAGUGAAACCCCACUGCUCAGGUAUUCAGACCUGCUUCACCCUACCGUUCAAUAGCCGUAUAGUGGCAGGAGCAGAUAGAUCAGAAGUCUGACAGCACACGACACAAGGGUCUUUUUAACAGUCUGACUUGACGAAAGCCUGAUAUGGGUCGUGAUUUAGCAGACAUUAAAAUAUCUUAGAAAAUUAGAGCAGGCCUGAGGGGCUUCUAUGGGAAAGGGCAUAGGAGUAAUGGUACUAAUGACACCCACACAAGAUUAAUAUAUCAGAAUUUAGGGAGGACUAAAUCAGGACAAUGCCAUCAGGAAGACACCAGGAAGAUUCAAGGGUGCGUGUGUAAGUGUGCAUGUGCGUGGUUAUUACCUUAACCUAGCGUCAUGAAAAACUGUUCAAGCCCAUUCAGCUAUUUGGAAAAGAAAUAGUUUAAACUAAUUUCCUGUACUUAACCAUGGUUCAGGGCUUUGGGCAACUGAAGCAUUGCGGACAUUCAAUUAGUGAUAUAAGGUCAAUAUGGGAGGUAGAAAAACAAGUUUAACACAGGGAGGAGUUGAAAUGUCUGUUUUUCUAUCAGAUUACCAUGGAUAACCAGUGCAAAGGAACAAGUGGAAAAAAGCUCUAGAAUCCAAGGCCAGGUCAGGUGCACCUUGCAGGAUGAUCUUGGUAUUAAAUGUGAGGACAAAAGGUUCUCUUCCCCGAUGAGUGUUAAUAACUUUCUGAAAGCAGUCUUUGAAUCCUAUUAUGUUGUUUUUGUGGCUGUACGUGUGGUUAAUCUGUAUACAUUCUUUCAUCACAGAAUGUCAUUGUUAAGCUAACAAAUGUUUACACAGGAAAUGCAUCUUUCUGGCUGAUUUACUGAUUAUAUGAACUGAAAAAGGCAACAUUACACAGCUUAUGAACUUGUGUCUUGGUUACAUAGAAGCAUUGCCAACCUCUUUGUUUUGUAACGUAUCAGUACUGUGGAGAUGUUUUGAUUUUGACUUUGAUUUUCUCUUUUUUUAAUGUUUGAUAUGGUUCCUGAUUGUUCAUUUUAUUUUGUUUCUUGCAAAACUUCUGCACAAAGGUCAAGUGUUGCUUUAAAAUAACAAUUAAGAGCCAGUGUUAGGGCUAGUUCAAAAGCCAGUGCAAUGAGAUCUCUCUUGCCUUCAUGCAGUAUACUGUACAUACUGUAGGUAUUUUGUUGUGAUUUGAAGCAACGCCCCCAACUGGGAGACCAAACUGUGGUGUCCUACUUCCAAUUGUAAUUCUCAGUCAAACCCAGAAUCUGAAAAAUACAUGAGCAGAGAGCAUCAUUUCUUAGCAGCUGCUAUCACACACAGUCUUUUGGUGCAAUGACACAAACACUACCUGUUACAAGGUAAGUCAACCAGUGCACAGCAGUUAAUACAAGUAGUACUUGUCUUUUUAUACCAACACAACUUUACAAUUUUCUUGAUACUUCCAAGAUAAUAAAAGGCAGGAUUGAUCAAAAAAUGAAUAAAUUACUUACCCAAUUUGUAAUUCCAUAAAGCUUGAUGAAGAACGAGCUUUGGGUGACAACGCUUGGCCUUUCUGUUGUGACUCAGUAUUUUUAUGUCCAGGUGAUCUCCGUGAGAUCGUGGCAGUAACGUUUUCACAUUGAAAAGUCAUCAGCUGAUCUUGAUAUGCUGAAGCUGUGCAUGUAUGAUAUUGUAUGGUGCAUUUGUGUUUUUUAAAUGAGGGAGUUAAUAAAAACAAUUCACUGAG